UUCAAAACAACAUAAAACAAAAAAGUCAAAAUAAAAACAAAACACACCAACUAUACAUCCAGUCUACACAUACAAUGGCGACACCUGAGAAGACGGCGGCGACGGUGGCCGGAGAAUACGAAAACCAGUCAAAACUAUAUGAAGCAUACAAUGAACUACAUGGGUUAGCCCAAGAAUUUGAGACACCAUUUGAUGCACCGGCGGUGUUGGUGGUGGGGCAUCAAACUGACGGAAAAAGUGCAUUGGUUGAAGCUUUAAUGGGGUUUCAGUUUAAUCAUGUCGGUGGGGGUACGAAAACAAGGAGGCCUGUUACACUUCAUAUGAAGUUUAAUCCUGAAUGUGAUGAACCUGUUUGUCAUUUGGUCUGUGACAAUGAUUCUUGUGUUGUUCAAGAAAAAUCUUUGAAAGAAGUUCAGGAAUACAUAGAAGCUGAGAACAUGAGACUAGAGCGUGAAACCUGCCAGUUUUCUUCCAAGGAGAUAAUUGUCAGAGUUGAAUACAAAUACUGUCCAAAUCUUACCAUUAUAGACACUCCUGGUCUUGUUGCCCCUGCACCUGGACCAAAAAACCGAGCAUUACAGGCUCAAUCUCGUGCCGUGGAGUCUUUAGUUCGUGCAAAAAUGCAGCAUAAGGAGUUCAUUGUACUAUGCCUUGAAGAUUGCAAUGACUGGAGCAAUGCAACUACUAGAAGGGUAGUCAUGCAAAUUGAUCCUGAACUUUCCAGGACUGUAGUUGUCUCAACUAAGUUGGAUACCAAAAUACCUCAGUUCGCACGUGCUUCAGAUGUUGAAGUUUUCCUUUCUCCACCAGCUUCCGUACUUGAUGGUUUCAUGCUUGGAGAUUCACCUUUUUUCACAUCUGUACCAUCAGGACGAGUUGGUUCUGAACCUGAAUCAGUUUACAGAUCCAAUGAUGAGUUUAAACAGGCUAUUUCUCUAAGAGAGAUGGAAGAUGUUACAUCUUUGGAGGAAAAGCUUGGUCGCUCUCUAUCAAAGCAAGAAAGAAGCAGAAUAGGAGUUAGCAGCCUAAAGUUAUUCUUGGAAGAAUUGCUGAUGAAAAGGUAUAUGGAUAGCGUUCCCUUGAUCAUUCCUCUUCUUGAGAAGGAGUAUCGAGGUACCACUCGGAAGCUAAAUGAUAUCAAUCAGGAACUCAGUGCAUUAGAUGAAGUAAAACUAAAGGAGAAAGCAAGAGCUUUUCAUGUUCUUUUCCUGACCAAGUUAUCACUGUUAUUAAAAGGGUCAGUUGUUGCACCUCCGGAUAAAUUUGGGGAAACACUUCAAGAUGAGAGGGUUAAUGGAGGAGCAUUAAUCGGUAUUGAUGGCUCUCAGUUUCCACUCAAGCUGAUACCUAAUGCAGGCAUGCGUCUAUAUGGUGGUGCUCAGUAUCAUCGUGCUAUGGCUGAAUUUCGGUUUGUCGUUGGAGGGAUAAAAUGCCCUCCAAUUACACGUGAAGAAAUCGUAAAUGCAUGUGGAGUGGAAGAUAUUCAUGACGGAACAAACUACUCUAGGACUGCAUGCGUUAUUGCUGUUGCAAAAGCUCGUGAUACUUUUGAACCUUUUCUUCAUCAGUUGGGUAGUCGGCUUCUUUACAUUCUUAAGAGAUUGCUUCCCAUCUCCGUUUAUCUUCUUCAGAAAGAGGGAGAAUUCUUGAGUGGCCAUGAAGUUUUUCUGAGACGUGUGUCUUCCGCAUUCAAUAACUUUGCUGAAUCCACUGAGCGAUCUUGCAAUGAAAAAUGUAUGGAGGAUUUAAUAAGCACCACACGCUAUGUGACCUGGUCCCUACACAAUAAGAAUCGAGCUGGGCUACGUCAGUUUUUGGAUUCUUUUGGUGGAGCAGAACAGCCUGGAAAUGGUGGUACUGACUCGAGUACGAGUGUUCAGACCACAGAAACAAGAUUGGCAGAUCUUUUGGAUAGCACACUUUGGAACAGGAGGCUAGCCCCUUCGUCUGAACGCAUUGUUUAUGCUUUGGUACAACAAAUAUUUCAUGGCAUCAGAGAAUAUUUCCUGGCUUCAGCCGAGUUAAAGUUCAAUUGCUUUUUCUUAAUGCCGGUUGUAGACAAAUUGCCUGCACUCCUUCGAGAGGAUCUAGAAUCCGCAUUUGAGGAUGAUCUAGAUAAUGUUUUUGAUAUUACUAAUCUACGGCAUUCAUUAGGGCAACGAAAGCGAGAAACCGAAAUUGAGAUGAAGCGGAUACAGAGGCUUAAAGACAAAUUUAGAAAGAUCCAUGAGCAACUUAGUUUACAUCAAGUAAUGCCAUGACCAGGACCUUUUCUAUAAGAUGCGAGUUCAGACUUCCAUCAUUUCAAAUUAUGAUAUCGUCCCCGUCGUGAAGACGUGAAGUAAAUACAGACUGCCCCUAUGGUGAUUCUAUUUUUUUUCCUUUAAAUUUGUAGCCAAGUAACCUAAAAUGAUCGAAGUACCUUUAUCUCUACAUGAUAUCUAUCUGGUAACCAAAUAUCAUGUGUACAAAAGCCUAUGUGAUCUCUUGCUGCAUUGGAAAUUUGUUUUCAAACAUAGCUAUUAUAGUUUAUAGUUUAUAAAUUGUGUUUUUAGA